AUGUUCCAUUUUUGGGACAAAAAAGAAGCAUUUUCGGAGAAAAUUCUAUUCUCAAGAGCUCUUCUUGGUUUCGGAGCAUCGGAAGAAGUGAUGGCGUGCCUUCGUCAGGAGAGGUCUCGAGUGGAAAAUCCAUCUCAGACGAUUGUGAACGUGGUGGCCGAGAAUCCGGCAUAUCUGCACUGUAGUGUGCCGCCGGAUGCCGAGCAUGAGAUCGCCUGGACCCGUGUCUCUGAUGGUGCCAUUCUGACUGCGGGAAACCGUACCUUUACAAGAGACCCAAGAUGGCAAGUCUCCAAAAAGUCAGCAAAUAUUUGGGUGCUGAAUUUAAGACGUGCAGAGCACCAGGAUUCGGGAUGUUAUCUGUGUGAAAUCAAUGAUAAGCAUAAUACAGUAUACGCAGUUUAUUUGAAAGUGUUGGACCCGCCUCUUCCCUCCCCAGCUUCGCUGCAGAAAAAAUCAACAAAACUAAUGGCGAACAUGUCUGGAGAUGAAGUUGUGCUGAAUUGUACAGUAACCUCAACUGAUAAGACUGAUAAUGAUAUUGAUGUGGUUUGGACGAGAGAUGGGAAUUCAAUCAAUUUCAAUAAUACUGAAACUACUGUAGUUUUUGAGUUAUGCGCCUUUAAAGAAAGGAUACCUGCUUCAUGUAGCAUUGCUAUCAUUAGAGACGCAUAA